AAGAAGGUGUUUACGGUGGCCGACGCCGGGAUGACCGUCGAGGUCAGUUUUCUCCGGCCGUUCAGCGCCGAUUCCGUGUACCUGUCCAACGUUCUCGUGGUCAGCGUCCGAGUGACCGACCUCGGCCACACCCAGGGAUGCACGGCGUUCGUCGCCACGGUUACGGCGGACGGCGGCGGAGACGUGGCGAGUGACAGAGUGGCAGGAAGCGACAACACGGUGCGAACACACGUCUACAACGUGCAGCGACUGCGUGGCGCCCUCUAUCUCCAACUGCAGAUUAACUACGUGAUGCGAGAUCAAAGUCGGCAUUCUAUCGGCGGAUGGAUUGACGCGGGACUCCCCCUGGUGGCGAGCGCCUCGCUGUGGAAACAAGCGGACAGCAGGGGUGUGCAGUCGGAGUGCAGCGAGGAUGAGAUUCACAGCUCAACCUGAGCGUCUGACGUGUAGCGUGAGUAGAACAUUCGUAGCUUAAAGCCUAUGCGAAAGGAACUUUUUUUUUUCAGUAAAAUACACUAAACAAUUAUGUGUUAUCAUAUUACUGCUUUUCUUUAGGUAUUUGAUCAAAAAUUUGUGUUUUUGUACCUUUUAAUGCAAUAGUAAGUCCAGAAAAAUCAACGAGACGCAAUUCGAUUUGAAAGGGGGCGUGGCCUAAUCGUGACGUAGAUUUGGGUAUUUGUGUUCAGCGCUUGUGCUAUGGCAUACACGCUACACACACGUUAGGUUAUCAUUGCGCAUCCGUUUAAUAAAUAGUAGAAGUCUGUCAGAAAUCGACCGCAAACAACUCGCAGCAAUUAUACUCUAAAGAGUACUAUACUUAUCUGCCAAAAUUAUGUAUAAAUAUUUCUGUGAUACGGCAUUCGUAGUUUAACGGUAGCCAGCCAGCGAGCCAGAAAACGCGUGUAUAGAUGGUAACCGUGGUGACGGCAUCUGUAUCUACACAGUAACCCUGGUGCGGAUAUCCGUAUCUGGCCAGUAACCAUGGAAACAGUAUUAGGGGCGUAACCAAGGCUAGUAAGAAGUUUGUAACUGCGCAGCAUUUUAUGUAGAGACCGUUGUGCCUACAGGUGGCAGCAGCGACCAGUCGUGCCUUUGAUUGAUUGAUAGUCGUGUUUAGUGUGAAUGUAUGUAU